AUGAGUGGGGACUCUCUGCUCCCGUAUCACACGGCCCAGAGCAGCACCGGGCUGGGCCUGUUCAAAAGCACCAUGGGGGAGCUGCAGCAGCAACUGCACAAUGGCGAAUACGACAUAUUCAAGUACGCGCCGAUAUUCGAGAGCGACUUUAUCCAGAUCACGAAGAGGGGACACGUGAUUGACAUGCACAACUGUGUCUGCACGGUGACCGUGGGCAUCGCAUCCACCAGCCCCGUCCUCCCACUCCCAGACAUCAUGCUGCUGGCCCGACGGGCCACCGGCUGUGAACAGCACGCUGAGCACAGCCAGCCCACCAAGGGGAAGAGCCACAAGGUUUCCAAAACCUUAGAGCUCACCAGGCUCCUUCCCUUGAAGUUUGUAAGGAUCUCCACACACGAUCGUGACAAACGACAGCUGCGCGUAAAGUUUGCCACUGGCCGCUCCUUCUACCUGCAGCUGUGUGCCCCUCUGGACGCGCAGGAAGACCUCUUCGCCUACUGGGAAGAGCUGAUUUACCUCCUGCGACCACCAUUGGACGGUCACAGCCGCACCUACGCCGUUCCAGCCGGGGACAUGAUCUGCAGGACUCUGUUCGAGGAGGAGGAGGAGGACGGGAGGAGCCCGGCACUGGAGGAUUUCCAAGGAGAGUGGGAUGAGGACCAGGUGAGCAUCAGGAGCCUCCACACGCCCUCUGAGGUGGCCGCGGUCGGGUCUGCAGCUUUUGCUGGCGGGGAGGGGAUCCAACUGGACUCCCACAAGCCCGAUACCAUGUCCGAUGUGGCCACUGCCAAAGCAAAACCUACAGUGCUUGACAAAGUGUCAGCAUCGCGGGCAACGACAAAGGUGGAGACAGCAGGGGUGGCAGGCGGCACCGCAGCGGGUGCUUUGAGCGUGGCAGAGAUCCAGUCUCCUGCCCCCGAAGAGCAGAGCGCGGCCAUAGCAGCCACAGCCAGCAAGGGUCCAGGAGCAAGUAAA